CUUAACAUAUUCCAAAGCAUCUACUCCCGCAUAUAUAUUUUUCUCUGAUUCUUUCUGUGCGUUUGUGUGUGCGUGUGCGUGUGUUGCUUUUGUUGCUAGAAGAAACUCAAAACAGUGAAACAGCGCCUCCACCGCUAACCACUACCAACCACUAUACCAUCAUGUGUGUGAAGGACGGAGAGCAAUUUGACCAGGAGUUCGACAGUCUGGAAAACAACAACAAGAGGCCAGUGCCUUUGCAUUGUGAACUGUUGCGUACCCAGAUGGAGAACUGGGAAAAGGAAUCUCCUUUGAUGACUUCAACUGCUCCAAUCAGUCCUGAAAGAUCAUUUCCUCUGGAAAGCAUUUGUGAGGAUGCAGUAGCUGUGGACAGAAAACAGAAACUGUUGAACUUUGUCCCUGUCCUUAGUUCAGGAGAGUGGUCUGAUAUAGGGGGCCGUUCCUAUAUGGAGGAUACCCACAUCUGCAUUGGUGAUUUGGCUAAGAAAUUUGGUUAUAAUUUACUCUCUGAUGAAGUUGUCUCCUUCUAUGGUGUAUUUGAUGGGCAUGGAGGAAAGGGAGCAGCACAAUUUGUCCGUGACCAUUUGCCAAGAGUCAUUGUUGAAGAUCCCGAUUUCCCUUUAGAACUUGAGAAGGUGGUUACAAGGUCAUUUAUGGAGACCGAUGCUGCAUUUGCAAGGACUUGCUCUCUUGAGUCUGCCCUCUCUUCUGGCACAACUGCUCUGACUGCAAUGAUAUUUGGGAGGUCCUUACUUGUAGCCAAUGCCGGGGACUGUCGGGCGGUGUUGUCACGACACGGAAUUGCUGCAGAAAUGUCAAAAGAUCACAGGCCGGAUUGCUCAAAAGAAAAGACAAGGAUUGAGUCCUUGGGUGGAUAUAUUGACGAUGGUUACCUCAAUGGUGAGUUGGGUGUGACACGGGCAUUAGGUGAUUGGCACCUUGAAGGAAUGAAAGGUAUGGGUGAAAGGGUUGGGCCAUUGAGUGCUGAACCAGAACUCAAAUUGGUGACAUUAACCAAGGAAGAUGAGUUUUUGAUAAUUGGCAGUGAUGGAAUAUGGGAUGUGUUUUCCAGUCAAAAUUCUGUAGAUUUUGCUCGGAGGAGACUCCAAGAGCACAAUGAUGUGAAGUUGUGCUGCAAACAAAUAGUGGAGGAAGCAAUAAAGCGGGGAGCGACAGAUAAUCUGACGGUUGUGAUGGUAAAUUUUCAGACGGAGCCACCUCCCCAAGUGGUGGUACAAAAGACCAGAGUGAGGAGAAGCAUAUCUGCAGAAGGCCUCCAGAGUCUCAAAUGCCUGGUAGAAGGCUAAUUUUGUUCUGGCAGGGAAAGGGUAAUACUUUGUGGUUUCAUUAGCUAUUUGAUCUCGUCUCUGUGUAUAUAUAUAUUCUUCCGGGAAUUGAGAACUGCCUUUUUCCUUUACCUCAUAUUAAUUGAUUCCCCAUUUAUCUCCUGAGAAGAAGGCAGGAAAGAGAAGAAGAUUUGAAAUCCAACUUGUAAACAGAUUGAAUUUAGCAUUGUACCAUUGUUAAUUCAAUGUAUACCAAAACUACGAAUGUCAUUUUGUCUUUGAUCAAAGCGAGAUCUUACUUGG